CGCUUCCCUUUCAACAAUUUCACGUGCUGUUUAACUCUCUUUUCAAAGUGCUUUUCAUCUUUCGAUCACUCUACUUGUGCGCUAUCGGUCUCCGGCCAGUAUUUAGCUUUAGAUGAAAUUUACCACCCAUUUAGAGCUGCAUUCCCAAACAACUCGACUCGUCGAAGGAGCUUU